AUGAGACUACAAGGCUCCAAUUAUCAUUAUUGGCACGAUAUUAUUGCUAUGUUUUGGCUUAAUCUAAUUGCGGAUAUCCCACUAAUGGUGUCAAGUUUCUGUGUCUUCGCUGCAGGUACCGAAUUCGAUUAUAAAGGGAACGUGAAGACUACUGCUGGUGAAUUUUUGAAAUCGGAUCUUUGCGCACAGGCAAGAUUUUUGUGGUGA